AUGCCCGUGCCCCUGGCCGUCGCGGCCCCCGCAGCCGUAGCCGCGGCAGCAUAUAUCAACGCCAAGGCGCAGGUCUGGUACGACCUGAAAAUGCUCAGCUGCGUCUCGCCCGUCGCGCUGGGCAUGUUUUGGCGCGAGCGGACGGGCAGGUUGAGCUUGUUCUAUGACCUGGAAUACUACGCCACCAGCUCCAGGACGAAGGACAUGCCCUUCCUGCUGUUUGAGGACAAGCAGUGGAACUUCAAACAGGGGCUGGAGGACACCUUGAGGUAUGGGACCUGGCUGCGUGAGGCACUCGGGAUCAAAAAGGGCGAAAUCGUUGCUAUGGACUUCCCCAACAGCGACAUGUUCGUCUUUGUGUGGUUGGGCCUUUGGAGUAUCGGUGCCAAGCCGGCGUUCAUCAACUACAAUCUCACCGGUCAGGCACUCGCUCACUGCGUCCGCGCCGCGGGUACGAACAUCAUGCUCAUCGACCCGGCCGUGGCAUCCAACAUCGACGAUCACGUCCGCAAAGAGCUUGUAGACGUCAGGUUGGAGUUCUUGACCCCCGACCGCCAGAAGGAAAUAUCGGCGACGAAGCCUGUGAGAUUGCCAGACGAGGCGCGAACGGAGGAUGGCAUCGACAAGAUGGCAAUCUUAAUCUACACCUCUGGCACGACAGGGCUGCCUAAGGCGGCUGUCUCCAUGCCCCUCUACCACUCGUCGGGCGCCCUUCUCUGCUUCGCCAACGCGCUCCUCAUGGGCGCUACCGUCGCACUCGGGGCCAAAUUCUCCACGCGCACCUUUUGGCGUGAGGUGAGACAACACAAGGCAACCAUGAUUCAGUACGUCGGAGAGACCCUCCGCUACUUGCUGGCAGCGCCGGCCGAGGUCGACCCGCACACGGGGCAUAGCAUGGACAAGCAGCACGCGGUGCGCGUCGCGCUCGGAAACGGGCUCAGGCCUGACGUUUGGAACCGUUUCAAGGAGCGGUUCGGCGUGGAAUACAUUGCUGAGUUCUACGGCGCGACCGAGGGCAGCUUUGCGACGUGGAAUCUGAGCAAAAACGACUUCAGCAUGGGCGCCGUGGGGCGCAAUGGCUGGCUGUACUCGUUGUUUGUCGGUCUCGGGACGGCCAUCGUCGAGGUGGACUUCAGCACCGACCUGCCAUACCGGGACCCAAAGACAGGCCUGUGCAAAGCGUCGAGGCCCGGCGAACCCGGCGAGUUCUUGUUCAAGCUGCCGGAAAAGGAGCUGGAGAAGCGCUUCCAGGGGUACUACAACGACAAGGCGGCGACCAACAAGAAGAUACUGAGGAACGUGUUCAAGAAGGGGGACGCGUGGUUCCGGACGGGGGACGUCAUGCGAUGGGACAGCGAGGGCAGGCUGUACUUCCACGACCGGAUCGGCGACACGUUCCGGUGGAAGGGCGAGAACGUGUCGACUGCGGAGGUGUCGCAGGUGCUGGGGCUGCUCCCAGCGGUGCACGAGGCGAACGUGUACGGCGUGCAACUUCCACACCACGACGGCAGGGCAGGGUGCGUGGCGCUGAUCCUCAACGACGGCUUCGCAAAUACCAAGGACGAGGUGCUGAAGAGGCUGGCGGAGCACACGCGGCGGGAGCUCCCGAGGUACGCGACACCGAUCUUCCUCAGGGUCACCAGCCCAGGCAAGAUGGCGACCACGGGGACGAACAAGCAGCAGAAGCACGACCUGCGGGUGCAGGGGGUGGACCCGGGCAAGAUGGACGGCGACGAGCUGUACUGGCUGGAGCAGGGGAGCUAUGUCCCGUUCACAGAGACGCACUGGGAUGCGUUGAAUGCGGGGAGAGUGAAGCUGUAG